AUGAAUUCGUUGCUUUCUCGGAGAAUUGUUUCUCAGCCAAAAUUAUAUAAAAGGAUUAUCCUGACCCGAACAAUUUGCAAUUCAUUUUUUCUUUCUUAUUCUCAUUCCAAUUGUCAACAUCAACAUCAUCAACAACAACAACAACAACAAAUAGUUAAAACGAUGCAAGCAAUUGAAUAUCACGGAAACAGAAAUUUAAAGUAUGUCACGGACAGACCAAUUCCGGAAAUAACCCAUCCUCAUGAUGUUAAAAUCAAAGUUUCACAUUGCGGAAUUUGUGGAUCUGACCUUCAUGAAUAUCUUGAUGGGCCAAUUUUUUUCGAUGGUGAGAUCAAUGCUGUAUCCAAGAAAAAGAAAUUGGGCCAAUGUUUAGGUCAUGAAUUAUGUGGAGUUAUUACUGAACUUGGUAGUGAAGUUUCGCAUCAUUUGCAACUUGGUCAACACGUUGUUCUUGAAGCCAAUGGUUCAUGUUUAGAUAAGAAAUAUUUGCAGCAACUGCAAGAGGAACAAGAUGAUAUUUGUAGUGCUUGUGCUCACGGAAGAUAUAAUGCUUGUAAACGACUUGGGUUUUAUGGUCUUGGAUAUGAUAAUGGUGGAUUUGCUGAAUACAUUGUUGUUUCCGAAAACAAGGUGAUUCCAUAUGAUGCUAAUAUUAUUCCUGAUGAAGUUGCAGCAUUGGUUGAGCCAUUGGCAGUGUCAUGGCAUGGUGUUCGUCAAUCCAAGAUUGAAGAAUGUAAAUCACCACAGGCUUUGAUUCUUGGUGGUGGACCAAUUGGAUUGUGUACCAUAUUUGCAUUAAAAGGGCACAAAGUCACCGAUAUUGUUGUUAGUGAACCAGCUGAAGGACGUAGAGAAUUGGCCCAGUCAUUUGGUGUCAAGACAUUUAAUCCAUUUGAUUAUAAAGACUCCGAGACCCAAAUCAAGGAAUUGUUGAAGAUGACUGAAAGUAAUGCUGGGUUUACUCACGUUUAUGAUUGCUCAGGAAACAAGGCUACAUUUAAUACCAUGCUUAAAGUUUUAGCUACUGGUGGUGUUGGUACCAAUGUGGCAAUUUGGCCCAAAGUUCCAAUUGAUUUCUACCCAAUGGAUUUGACUUACAAUGAACUUUAUCUUACUGCCAGUAUGGAUUAUACCAAGAUUGAUUUUGAAUUGGUUGUCAAGGCAUUUGAAACAGGAUUAAUUGAUCCAAAAGAUGCAGCAAAAUUGGUUUCCAAAAAAGUAUCCUUAAAAGAUGGUAUUGAACAUGGAAUUUUGGAUUUAAUUAACAAUAAGGAAAAGUAUAUUAAAAUUUUAUUACAUCCAUGA